AUGGGCGGGGUCGCAUCUGUUCCAACAGACCCAUCGCGCGAGGUGCAAGUCAUCUCCGCGGGCUACUCCCGCACUGGCACCGUGUCAAUGUCGAUGGCAUUGGACAAGCUCCUUGACGGCCCGAUUCUCCACGGAGGGACGCAGAUCCUCAUACGUGGCGACGACUAUUGCAGCCUCUGGAUCAAGGCAUAUCAGGCCAGGAAUGCUGGGGACAAGGAGACGACUCUGAAGCUUGUCCGUGAAGCGACUGCGGGCUUCGUUGGGACUGCGGACUUGCCACCGGCUGACUUUAUUCCCGAGAUGAUGGAGCUGUAUCCGGAUGCGAAAGUGGUGCUCGUUCGUAGGGACCCGGUCAAGUGGUGGAACAGCAUCGCCGCUCUUACAAGCCGGACGACGCCAGCAUGGCUCGGUUUUGUCCUGGCACCGAUCCCUGGGUGGAGGUACCUCCACUUAUUUGCAAAGGAAUACAGUCGUUCCACACUCAAGCUCGCAGGCCUGGGAGGGACUGACGAUACAGCGGAUCCGUCUCAGCUGAUUAAAAGGGGUGGCCCCCGUGAGUACUGCGUGCUUGAUCUUCUGGUCACGUGCUAA